AUGACAACCAAAGAACAGAAAGCCAAAGCGGAUCACGUAAAUGUGAAAACUCCUUCACUCGGGGUAGAAGACGAGAAUGGCUUCGUCAUCGACACGGAGACUAACAAGAAGCUUCUCAAGCGGAUUGAUAUGCGUGUUAUGCCUGUGCUCUGCUUCACAUAUGCCCUCCAGUACUACGACAAAGCUCUCCUCAGUCAAGCUGCAAUAUUCGGCAUGAGAGCAGAUCUCGAUAUGCUCAACGGUCUGAGAUACUCUUGGGCGUCUCUUAUCUUCUACUUUGGCUAUAUGGCUGGAACCUACCCCAUUUCCCUUCUUGCCCAGCGUUUUCCAACCCGUUGGGUUAUUACAGCAAUUUGUCUUUUAUGGGGUAUUGUCGUUUUGACUACACCGGCUUGCAAAACCUUUGAACAUUUCCUUGUUAAUCGCUUCUUCCUUGGACUUAUCGAAGCGGGUGUAUCCCCUACGUUUAUGCUUGUCGUCGGUCUGUGGUAUACGCACGCCGAGCAGGUUUCUCGCUCGAGUUGGUGGUACUCUUUUAGCGGCGGCUCACUUCUCGUAUCUCCACUCAUCAACUACGGCCUUGGGCAUAUUAGUGGAGGCAUACUUCGUCCUUGGCAGUAUAUGUACUUCAUCGCUGGCGCUGCGACUUUGUUAUGGGGUAUUGCUCUUUGGUGGCUAUUCCCUGAUACCCCGGAGUUAGCUAAAGGCUUUACCGACGAGGAGCGUGAAACAAUCCUUGAGCGCGUUCGUACAAACAACGCUGGUGCCGAAAACAAGUCCUUUAAGCCUUAUCAGGUCUUUGAAGCUUUUAAGGACCUCCAGUUAUGGGGAAUAUGCGUUCUGUCUAUCGUUUCGUGCACUGGAUCCGGGGCCGUCACUACGUUUGCCCCAAUCGUUUUUAACGGCAUGGGGUUUUCCGUAUUCCAGUCCCUUCUUCUUAACCUACCUAUUGGGGCGUUAGCUUUCUUUUGCAUUCUCGGCUCCGGUUACCUAGGCCAGCGACUUCCGAAUGCUCGUUUCCAUAUUAUUACCGUCGCUUGUCUCCCCGUUAUUCUGGGCUGCUGUCUAAUGUGGCAACUACCAUCAUCAAUGAGGGCGGCCCGUAUUAUU